AUGCAACUGGGUAACACAUUUCAAGGGGAGAUACACGAGUUUCCUGGUGUUGUGGUUGAUAAAUUUAGUGGAACUGCGGAAGUAUACUUGCUCACACAUUGUCACCAAGAUCAUUUGCAAGGACUACUAAAUAGUUCAUUUUGUGGUCGAGUAUACUGUUCGGCAUUAACUAAAAGUACUCUAGAGUUGGACACGAGGUAUACCCGUGUGUCUAGAUUCUUCAAAGCCAAAGAGUACAAUGAAACAUUUACAGUUGACAUUUUGCUUGGAAAAGUUUCGAUUACCAUGAUCCCGUCCUAUCAUUGUCCGGGGUCCGCGAUGUUUUUACUCGAAAGUUUUUGCAAAAAUGUAUUGAUUACUGGUGAUGUCAGAGCAGAGUCAUGGUGGACUCUUUCGUUGAUCAAGAACCCACACUUGUUUCCAUAUAUCACAGGACUCAAAACACUUGAUCAAAUAUAUCUUGAUACCACAUUUUCUUACCGAGGCGAACCAUACAUUUACAUCAUGCCCAAUAGCGAAGGUAUAUUUGCAGCAAUAGAGUUGUUAAAGCUAUACCCAUUUGACAGCGAUCUAUCUUUCUCUUUUGUGGAUACAGUCUCGGGAUCCGAAGAAGCUUGGUUCCAGAUAGUUCGCCACUUUAAUGGGACCUUAGUGUCACAUGGUAUCCUACAGAAACGGCUUGAUCUUUGCGGCAUGGAUUUGGUGGACGGAAAAACUCCAACAUUUAAAGUUGGCAAUGUACCGGAUACAACACCAAUAACAAUCGCAAUCAAACAAAUAAUCAACUUGAAUGCCAUAGAAUACGCCAGCCAGUUUCUUCCCAGAAACAUUUGUGAUGUCGACUUUUCUAGUGCUACAAGCUUAGUGACCACCAAAAAAGGCCACCACAUAUAUCUGUUAGACGGUAGAAAGUGGCUACUUCCUAAGGGUGGGUCAGAACUACUACCAACUUGCAUCCCAUUAAUGUUUUCAAGACAUUCGUCCUACCAGGAGUCCAGAAACUUGGUUGCAUUGUUUAGCCCCAAACUGGUGUAUCCUUGUACGGAAUCGAAAGUGUCUUGGCUAAAUGGGUUUACAGUAGCAAGAGUUUUUGGCGAUGUAUGUACCAGUGACGAUCAUCGCUUUGAUAUUGACAGAUUCCAGAAAUAUGGGUACCCUUUACCGGAGGUGAUCAAUAGAGAAGUGGCGUUCAUAAGCAAAUGGUCUCUUUCACAACCCGAAACAUCCAAAAGCGUUGUUGAAAAACCUUUCCGAGGACAACUACAACCGCUUCACUGUAAAAGACCCCACGAGUCCCACUUCGAUAACUUUUCGUUGCCAUAUUUGAUCGCUCAAAGAGAUCGAGAGUCAUUGAAACAAGCUGUUGAGUAUCACCAGAAUUUACACGAUUAUGCAAAAUUCGAUCACGGAUCAUCAAGUAGCUAUGGAUCAGUAUCGAGUUCAAAAGAGUCUAUGUAUUUUUCCGAAACCGAACUAUUAACCAAUCACGAUUCACCGUUGAGUACCAAGACGCCAGACACUAACAAAAUCGCUGAAAUUGCCAAAACAUUAACAAAUGACAGACGCAACUGGACGAAAUUCCAUCUUAAAUGUAUAGGUAGUAAUGCCAACUAA